AUGGGGACCGCCUUCUCAACGCCUGCCCCUGCCUGGGCAGCUCUUGCAGGGGACCUCUUUGGUCGGUCGAACUAUUUCCAAUGUCAUCAGAACUGCGUCCGAGGCUGCACCGGUAGUCCCAACAUUUGCCAGGUCGUAUGCAACGUCGCCUGCGCCAACGCCGGCGAAGCAGACGAGGCAGCUGCCCUGGCCGCCAGAGAGUCUGUGAGCUCGGUGAGGCAUUCCCUUGCCGCCCGUUCCAACUACGUCGAGUGCCACCAGAACUGCGUCAGAGGUUGUCCGGGUAGCCCCAACAUUUGCCAGGCAGUGUGCAAUAUUUCCUGCGCUAAUGCCGGGGAGGUGGAGAAAUGAUGCGCUCGAUGUGCUGCGGCAACGAGAGAGGUAAAAGGGGUAUGCAGCGCUGCUGUUUGGGGGGGUUAUUCUCACGGGCUGAGGGGUUGCAAGCACCCGUAAGAGAACUCAAAGAACUAUUUCAUUUCGUUCAUGUUGUCUUUUCGAGACCUUGGGGAAGAGACACACUCGCUAAAGCCUCCUCUGAAACCCUUCUUAUUUGAAUAAAAUACCAAGACCGGUCGGCGGGCGAUGGUAAUUACCAUGCCAGGUAGACGUUAGAUACACUGCCGAAAAGGGAGUGUGCUAAUGCGAACUAUGAUUACGCCCCUAAUGGGUUGUUCGUGGUGG